UUAUGGAGGAUUUGGAGGACCUCAAGAGGUUACUUGUGGUGGAAAUGCAUUGAAGUUUUAUGCGUCUGUACGUUUAGAUGUCAGGAGAGUUGGACAGGUCAAGAAAGGGGAAGAGGUUAUAGGAAACCAAGUCAUAGUGAAAAUCGUAAAGAACAAACUUGCCCCUCCAUUUAGAACUGCAGAAUUUCAGCUUGAGUUUGGGAAAGGAAUAUGUCGCGAAUCUGAGCUUAUAGAGUUAGGAUUGAAGCACAAAUUCAUUACAAAGAUAGGAGAUGCAUUUUACACCAUGAAUAAUCAAAGCUUC